AUGCCUUUGGUUGUAUUAUGUGACCGAAGUAAAGUUAAAGAUUUGCAUCAAGUUUUUGGUCCGGUCCGAAGAGACCUUAAAAAACUAAUGGAGAAUGGAUUGACGAUGAUACACAAAGGUGUUGAAAUUAAACUAGAAGUUCGACUGGCAUUUCUCCUUGGAGAUAAUCUUGGAGUGUGCGAAAUGCUCGGGAUGAAACGAACGUUUUCCAGUGGCUUCAUUUGUCGAUAUUGUGGAUUAACAAACAAUGAAUUGAAAACUGGUAUCUAUGAAACCAGAUCAUUGAAUAUUUAUCGAUCAAAACAAUUUUACGAGGACGAGCUCAAAUUGGUGAUGAGCUCAACGAGAUAUUCAUGUAAAUUUGGAAUAACUUCCAGAUCAUGCUUAUCGAAUCUUGAUCUUAAUAUCUUUCAAAUUUCCCCACCCGACAUCUUCCACGACGGAAGUGAAGGGUUUUUCCCUAAAAUCGCAUGUCAUCUACUUAAACAAGAAAUUAAUUCCAAUUCAAUUGUAUUGAAUAGAAUUAAUUCAAUUAAAUGGAUUAACGGUGAGAUCAAAAUAAAAAAAGAUCUCAGCUUAAAAGGGAAAGGUUCCCAAAAAUUUGAAUUUUUGGUAAGAAUGUUGGAAAUGUUUCCAACCUGGGUGGAAAAUCCGCCACAACUUUAUUUGAUCGUACGGCGGAUCAUAUUUAAAGUCUUCUCCCCCACAUCAUUUGAUCUGGACGGAUUCGAUAAUGAUUUGGCAGAGCUGUCAAAACAAUACCGGCAAUUCGAAAUUCUUACUCCCAAAAGUGCAUUUCGCCGAGCACUAUUUGGAAAUUUUGCGUAACUUGAUGUUGAAUCAACCAACAAUCAAGCACUUGAAUGUUCA